ACUGAGCAGGCCGGCUCCCUUCCGGGCUGCGCAGGGUCGCUGGGCGCCCGGCGUGGAUUCUGUCACGGCCGCGCUGCUGCCAUUGGUCCCGCGGCCGGUGUUUGGAACAGACCCCCGGAGCCAGCGGACGCCGGCGACAUUCAAUCUCCGCCCCAAUCCGUGUCAGUGUGCCGGUGACGAAGGUCCGACGGGCCCCGCCCGCAGCGUCUGUCCCAGCCGGUCCUCCUGGCAGGCGGCCCGCGGCCACAGCAGGUGCAUCCCCUGCCCUUUGUCCCAGUGACCCGGAGCCGGGAGAUGGCCGGGAAUGCUGCUGACGCCACUGGGCUCAGCCCCGCCUGCUGCCCUCCCACCCUGCCCGCGGGCGAGGAGCCGUGUCCACGCUGCCGAUGUUAUCAGCGCCGGAUGAUGAAUUUGGGGCUGGCUUUGUGCAGGGCCCAGGAAUGUCCCCUGUCAGUGGAAGGAUCAGGGGGUGCUGCCCGGUCCCAGCACCAUCUCCUUCCCCCCAAUCCCGACCCUGCCCUGAGGAUGCUCAAUGCUCGAUGCUCCUGGAGCAAGGCCCACCGCCUGGUCCCCUGCCGUGUGCAGAGCGGCGUCUGCGGUGGCCACGGCAGCAUCGCAGGGAGGCCGCAGAAGUGGCCUACCGGUCCCGUCCCAUCCCCCCGGCCGUGGUUAAGAGUCGGUGACAGCGCAGCCUGGGGCCUCGUUUGCUCUCACUUCUCAACUGUGGUUUCCGUGCAGCUGGGAGGUGAGUGGGAGCUCACUCGUUUCCUCCCGAGGGUCAGCCCGCCGUCCGCCCAGGCGUGGCUUCCAGACCCCUGGUAGCUCAGACCGUCCCGGGCGCCCGACGGUGGUCCGGCUGCUCUAGUUUUCAGUUGAAGGAACCGAAUCCCAGGCGGCCCGGUGACCCAUUCAGGGCCACGUCCCAGACGCCCCGCGGAGCCCCCCUGCCGCUCGCUGCCCCACACCACGCAGCGUGUCCAUUCCACAUACAACUCCCGGGCAAGGCGCAGUGCGGAAACCAAACAGUGGGUAGAAAAGCUUCAUGGUGGACUGAGAUUCAGGAUGGAAACACGUGCGCAAAUGGCGUGUUUCCUGGGGCGUCACCAGCAGGACCGAGAGUGGGAUUCCGUGGAUGUAGAGUGAGGACACGGCCCCGACCGCUCGUCUCUGGUCCUCUGGACCUCUCCCUGCAUGGCCAUCGUGACGAUGUGUCUCGGCUUGGGGACCAGCUGGUCAGAUGUCGCCGAGGGCACCCGCAUGCAGUGGAACGGAGCGGCCGGUCUCCUCUGCCCCUCCCUCCUCCUGAGCUGGCAGCUACGGGCCCAGGGCCGGACCCAUGGAACUUUCUCAGGGAUCAGCAGGUCUGCGUGAGCACUGCCCACGACAUGGCAGCGGACAUGGCGAUGGGCUCUGAAAGUGUUCUUUUACAGUGAAAGAGAUGACAUAGUGACUGGUUUACGGGCUGCGGAUCGAACCUGCAACCUAGGUACAUGCUGUGACUGGGAAUCAAACCCAAGACCCUCAGGCCUCGGGCUGACACUCUCACCACCGAGAAACCCCGGCCAGGGCCCAGGGGAUGAGGAGCGGACGCGUGUCUCCUCCACCAGAGGCCGGAAGCGCGGGCGUCGGGGCUGUGAGAGCACUAUUCCAUCUCAACCACCGCGUCUCCACAGCAUCGUUUCCAACGGAUGCGCCAUUCAGUUUCUCAGUCCCACAGAGUGAGAGUUUGACCUGGUGUGUGCCAAUGCUUGGAUGCUGGACCUCACACAAGCCAUCCUGAACCUGGGCUUCCUGGCCGGAGCCUUCACCUUGGGCUACGCAGCGGACAGGUACGGCCGAAUCGUCGUUUACCUGAUAUCCUGUUUCGGUGUUGGCGUCACCGGCGUGGUGGUGGCGUUCGCACCAAACUUCCCUGUGUUUGUGGUCUUCCGCUUCCUACAAGGCGUGUUUGCAAAGGGGACAUGGAUGACCUGCUAUGUGAUCGUGACAGAAAUCGUGGGUUCGAAGCAAAGGAGGAUUGUGGGAAUCGUGAUUCAGAUGUUCUUCACUCUGGGAAUCAUCCUCCUCCCGGGAAUUGCCUACUUCAUCCCCAACUGGCAGGGCAUCCAGCUGGCCAUCACGCUGCCCAACUUCCUCUUCCUCCUCUACUACUGGGCGGUUCCCGAGUCUCCCCGCUGGCUGGUGACUCGGAAGAAAGGAGACGAGGCCCUAAAGAUUCUGCGGAGCAUUGCCAAGUGCAACGGGAAGUACCUCUCGCCCAGCUUCUCGGAGAUCACCGUCACCGAUGAGGAAGUUAGUAAUCCGUCCUUUUUAGAUCUGGUGAGAACUCCCCAAAUGAGGAAGUGCACCCUUAUUCUUAUGUUUGCUUGGUUCACCAGUGCGUUGGUGUACCAAGGGCUGGUCAUGCGCCUGGGCAUCGUGGGCGGCAACCUCUACAUGAACUUCUUCAUCUCCGGAGUCGUGGAGCUGCCGGCCGCCCUCCUCAUCCUCCUGACCAUCGAGCGUCUCGGACGCCGUCUCCCCUUCGCAGCAAGCAACAUCCUGGCCGGAGUGGCGUGCCUGGUCACGGCGUUCUUACCAGAAGGAACACCCUGGCUGAGGACCACGGUGGCCACGCUGGGGAGACUGGGCAUCACCAUGGCCUUCGAGAUCGUCUACCUGGUCAACUCGGAGCUGUACCCGACGACGCUACGGAACUUCGGGGUGUCACUCUGCUCUGGGCUGUGCGACUUCGGGGGCAUCGUCGCGCCCUUCCUGCUCUUCCGCCUGGCCGCCCUCUGGCUGGAGCUGCCGCUCAUCAUCUUCGGUGUCCUGGCCUCCGUGUGCGGUGGCCUCGUGAUGCUUCUGCCUGAGACCAAGGGCAUCGCCUUGCCGGAGACGGUGGACGAUGUCGAGAAGCUGGGCAGGUAUCGUAUGGCCUUCAGCGCCUCCUCAGUCCCAGCGGCGUUCAGGCCACCAGGGGAAGGAGCCCGCCCUCCUACAAGUGCGGCAGGAAGCAGAAGGCCCCGGUUCCCGGUGCUCCCCUGUGAGGCGCCUGCCGGGACCACGGAGCGGCGCAGGCCGAGGCCGGAGCGACGAGCCCCGCAGACAUCGGUGCCCGUGUCAGCCCGUGUCAGCCCGUUGUGCCAGGCCACCCAGCUACUUUUCACUCUUUACAAAGACAUGCACAUGACCCUGAGCAUCGUUCCGAGAUGCUGGAGGAGGUUUGUCCUGAUGCUGGACACGUCUCCGACCCGUGGGUGACAGGGACAAGAAGCCCCACCCAGUGUUCACAGCGGCUCCAUCGGGAACGGGGUGAGCAACCAGGGACCUGGGAAACAUGGACAGAACUCGGGUCAUCAGGAACCGAGGCUCAGGAACGUGUGUCCUGAGGAUUCCUGGGAGGAUGACGAUCCGGGGAGUCUGCAAUGAAGACACUGGACAUCCGGACGGAGCCUGCGCUUUCUCUCCUCGCCUGGAUCUGCGAGCCCCACUGGGGUUGCUCGGGCCUCGCCCCACAGAUCAGCACGAAUCUGUGAGGCCUGGGGACCCGUCUAUUUCCUAUGACAUCUGACUGGUCCUGCGAUGACUCGACACUAGAGCCUGUGUCCGUUACUGAACCAGGCCCGUGGGUUAGGGUGUCCUGGGUCGUAAGGUUGAACCACAAGGGCUAUUCAUAUAUCUGUGAGUUCAGGUCUGCGGCGGCGCCCACGGUCAGGAGUGAGACACGUGGACAGUUCUCGUUCUGUCUGGACAUGUUGCACUUGUUUUGGGAAGUAGGCCACAUUUUAACGGAAAGGACUGGCCAGCGAUCUCUGUGCUCAGAAGAAUUUGCAAGGACGGAUGAGCACUUUAGAGCUCCUGACAGGGAUUGGGUCUUUCUCUUUUGUUACCGCGACUUUUCGAACGAGUUGAAUACAAACCUGCCAGCUUUUCCUGCCCUGCUUUACAUGCUCAUCUGGUGCGUUUUCUGAGCCAGCGUCUGCCUUUCUGCAGGACUUUUUGACGAGUUCUCUGUGUGGGCAGGCGCGUGGCACCAGAGGGAAGGGAAGACGGCGCCUCUGUGCACCGGGCAGAGUGCGGGUGUGUGCAGGUGUGUGCGGGUGUGCUGAUCGCACCAGAAGCUCCCUGAGCCCGAGAGCCCCUCAGAGCGGCUGGAAUGUCCGUCUCCCGGGACGCCAGCGCACUCACCCCUUCGCCUGCCUUCUCGCAUUUCCCUGCUGCGGGGUGCCUGUGGCUCACGGGCACUGUCACCUUUGAAUUGUACUUUGAGUUGAUACUUUGGUUCUGAUAACAAUAAAAUAUUUUAAAUU